AUGCUGCUUAAAAGACAAUUAACUGAUGAAGACUUUCCUGGUGAGGUGGACCAGGCACAUUCGCUUCCACCAUCUGCAUUAACACAGUCCUUUAAUGGGUUGACUUCCACAAUUCAGCUUACUAGUAAGCAGGAACAGUACUUGAAGAAGAUAAGGCCCAACGGUACUGAAGAACCUACGGAAUUUGAACGUGAACUUCUCAGCAUGACUGAAAAUGAUGAGGGUAGGUUGGACGGGAUUCCUAAGUCGGAAAACCAGGUUAAAGGCUGGGGUAGGCCUCCGAUCCCACUGGACUUUAACCCCGAAUCAUCAAAUAUCACGUUCCAACAGUUGGAUGCUGAGGAGACCACCAUUGGUGACUUAACCGUGGCUAGAUUCUUCGGGAUCACUGAAAAGGGACAUUCCGUACUCUGUAAUGUCACAGGGUUUUUGCAUUAUUUCUAUGUCCCCGUACCCAAGGGGUUCUUUAGGGACGUUCACCUUAACAAGUUCAAAGACUACAUGUUGGCUAGUUGGCAGGGGAUUGAAGACAUUCAAAUUGUCCUCAAGGAAUCGAUCUGGGGGUAUAAUAAGUCUGUGAAAUCGCCAUUCUUUAAAGUUGUCGUCGAAAAUGCUAAGAACAUAGCAAAGUUAAGAGGUGCCUUCGAAAGAGGUGAUGUCAGAUUCGAUAACCUUUUCCCGCCCCAGUGCGUUUCGUAUGAUAACAUCAACUAUCUCUUGAGAUUAAUGGUUGAUUGUAAGAUAACGGGGAUGUCGUGGAUAACAUUACCCGCAGGGGAAUACGACUUGAUUUCUGAUGGUCAAAAGAUUUCUACCUGUCAAUUCGAAGUGAACAUUCGAUACGAUAAGUUGAUAAGUCAUCCUUCUGAGGGAGAAUGGCUCAAAAUGGCCCCAUUGAGAAUUUUGUCAUUUGAUAUUGAAUGUGCUGGUAGAAAGGGAAUAUUUCCAGAAGCUGAGCACGAUCCAGUUAUUCAAAUUGCUAAUGUGGUACUGAAAUUUGGUGAACUGAAACCGUUUGUAAGAAAUGUUUUCACUGUGAAUACUUGUGCAUCAAUUAUUGGGUCUCAAAUCUUUGAGAACGAAAAGGAAGAGGAUAUGUUGAUGAAGUGGAAAGAUUUUGUGGUGAAAGUUGACCCAGAUGUUAUAAUUGGUUAUAAUACUGCAAACUUUGAUAUACCGUACUUGCUUGAUCGUGCAAAGGCACUCGGUUUAAAGAAUUUCCCAUUUUUCGGCAGAUUACCUUUUGUUAAGCAGGAAGCUAAAGAUUCCCUUUUCAGUAGUAAAGCAUACGGUACAAGAGAAAACAAAGUUGUGAAUAUCGAUGGUAGAAUGCAAUUGGAUUUAUUGCAAUUCUGUCAAAGAGAAUAUAAAUUGAGAUCGUACACAUUAAAUUCUGUUUCUGCCCACUUCCUAGGAGAGCAAAAAGAAGAUGUUCAGCAUUCCAUUAUUACAGACUUACAAAAUGGCACGAAAGAGACAAGAAGAAGAUUGGCUGUCUAUUGUUUGAAGGAUGCCUUUUUACCAUUAAGGUUGCUAGAAAAAUUGAUGUGUUUGGUCAAUUAUACUGAAAUGGCCAGAGUUACAGGGGUGCCGUUUUCGUAUUUGUUGAGUAGAGGGCAGCAAAUUAAAGUCAUCUCUCAAUUAUUUAGGAAAUGUCUUGAAGAUGACAUUAUUAUUCCAAAUAUGAAAGUGGAAGGUACGGACGAAAUGUACGAAGGUGCUACUGUUAUUGAACCAGAGAGAGGAUAUUACGAUGUACCAAUCGCAACCUUGGAUUUCUCGUCUUUGUAUCCAUCCAUUAUGAUGGCACAUAACUUGUGUUACACGACCUUAUUAAACAAGCAAUCUAUUAAAACCUUCAACUUAAAGGAAGAAGAUUAUAUAGAGACUCCGAAUGGAGAUUAUUUUGUCAAAUCCCAUAAAAGACAAGGUAUUUUACCAACAAUUCUUAAUGAAUUAUUGAGUGCAAGAAAAAAAGCAAAGCAGGAUUUGAAGAAGGAAACCGAUCCAUUCAAGAGGGAUGUAUUGAAUGGUAGACAAUUGGCAUUGAAAAUUAGUGCAAAUUCUGUUUAUGGUUUCACUGGUGCCACGAUUGGUAAACUUCCAUGUCUUGCUAUUUCUUCAUCAGUCACUGCAUUCGGAAGAGUUAUGAUUGAAAAGACGAAACAUGAAGUGCAAGAAAAAUAUUCAAUUAAAAAUGGAUAUCCUUAUGAUGCGCAAGUCAUAUAUGGUGAUACCGAUUCCGUCAUGGUUAAAUUUGGGUACCAAGAUUUAGAAACAUGUAUGAAAAUUGGGGAAGAAGCCGCUGCUUAUGUUUCAACAAAGUUCGUAAACCCUAUCAAGUUGGAGUUCGAAAAAGUAUACUUCCCUUAUUUGUUAAUUAAUAAAAAGAGAUAUGCUGGAUUGUACUGGACUAAUCCAAAUAAACCUGAUAAGAUGGAUACUAAAGGUAUUGAGACUGUUAGAAGAGACAAUUGUAGGUUGGUACUGAAUGUCAUAACGAAAGUGCUUGAUUACAUUUUAGAAGAAAGGAAUGUAGAUAAAGCAGAAAACUUUGUGAAGCAAACUAUUGCGGAUUUGUUACAAAAUAGAAUUGACUUAUCUCAAUUAGUUAUUACCAAGGCAUACUCCAAGCAAGAUUAUACAGCAAAACAAGCUCAUAUUGAAUUGGCUGAAAGAAUGAAGAAGAGAGAUCCAGGUUCUGCACCUACCUUGGGAGAUAGAGUUGCAUAUGUAAUUAUUAAUGCGCUGGCUGGAGCUAAGAAUUACGAGAAGUCAGAGGACCCUUUGUUCGUUCUUGAAAAUUCAUUACCUAUUGAUGUCAAGUAUUACUUGGAUAAUCAAUUGACGAAUCCUUUGAUGAGAAUUUUCGAACCAAUUUUAGGUGAAAAGAGGGCGAAAGAAUUGUUGGCUGGAGCCCAUACUAGAACAAUCAGGAUGUCUGCUCCAAAGACUGGUGGGUUAAUGAGAUUUGCCAAAAAGGCAGAGCUUUGCAAAAAUUGUAAAUCUCCUUUAAAACCAAACAACAAAGGGGCCAUAUGUGAAAACUGUGUUUCAGAAGCUCCUAAAUUGUACGGUGAAGCAUUGGCUCAAAUGAAUUACUUGGAAAACAAAUUUUCAAGAUUGUGGACGGAAUGUCAAAGGUGCCAAGGUUCUUUACACCAAGAAGUGCUCUGCUCGAAUAAAGAUUGCCCAAUCUUUUACAUGCGUAAGAAAGCGCAGAAGGAUGUAUUUCAGCAAGGCCUGGAAUUACAAAAAUGGGACUUAACUAAUUGGUAG